UCUAGUAUCUGGUUUCGUUUCCCACCCGCUUCAGUUAUUCAGUAGACGCCCAGGCGAGAGCACUGGUGCGAACUUUACUUUACGUGGACAUAAUUCAUUUGAAAAAGUGGCGUUUUUCAUUAAAAUUCCUAACCUUAUAUCCACGUAAUUACAUGGAUUUGGUGCGAAUAGCACAGCGAAAAGAGUAAAUUUGACAAAAUGGCGUCUGAGAGGUUAACAGACACUACGGACAGUUCCAGCGGAGAGGAGGCCAUGUCUCCUAUUCUUACUGGAUCUAAAAGGUCCCACUUUUCUUUCGAUGAGUCCUUGGAAAGAUGCUCCAAGAGCAGUCGCCGAGAUUCUAGUUACACCGAAAGCCACGAUAGUAAGGAAUCAGAGGAUGACACCAAGGAUGAUCAUUGUUUCGAAAAGCCAAAUUUCUAUGAUGAUAGUUAUCGUAGUGAGAAGUCUGAUGACGAAGCGGAUAAACAAACCCACAGCUCAUACUAUCACGACAGUAGCUUAUCUGAUCAAACGGAUGAAUUUUCAAAAUCUCAAACUGACGCCGAAAGUACGAAAAAAAAUGUCAAUACUCCUGGAGCAAAUAGUCAGUCCGAAGCCAGGAAUAAAAUUCAACUUAUGAUGCAAAAGAUGGGUUACGAGGCUGGCAAAGGUUUAGGUAAAUCAUUACAAGGUAGGGUGCAACCAGUGGAAGCAUCAUCUCAGAAAGGUCGUCGAGGUCUCGGACUUGAAUUAAAAGAAUUGCAGAGAGCCGAAAUUGAAUUUGAUCCUGAAAAAGAAGUUGUUGAAGUGGUCGAAAAGAUCAUUUGGCUAGAAAACACCCACGAAGAGUUGCCAUUGGAUGAGGAAGUAACCGAAUGGGAAAAUGAAAGAUUAGUUGGAAAAUGUAAAGACACUAUUGAUAAUGAAACAAUGUUUUGCGACGAAUUUAUUGUACGAGAAGUGGUCAACUCAAAAAGCGUGUUUGAUAGACUAGACAACAGGGAAAUGCAAGAAGCUAGAACUCGAUCCAAUCCGUUUGAAACAAUACGCGGGGCUAUGUUUCAAAACAGAGCAGCGGUUAAAAUGGCCAACAUAGACAAAGCCUGUAAUUUAAUGUUCACAAACCCACUCAAUCUUCAACCGGACGAACUGUUGUACUUUGCUGAUGUUUGUGCUGGACCUGGAGGAUUUAGCGAGUAUGUUUUAUGGAGAAAAAAGUGGAGAGCCAAAGGUUUUGGUUUCACAUUAAAAAGUGAAAAUGAUUUCAAGCUCCAUGAAUUCCAAGCAGGGCCUUGUGAAACGUUCCAUCCGUACUAUGGCGUUGAUGAUACUGGCGAUGUCUAUCAGCCGAAAAAUCAAAUAGCCUUGAGAGAUCUAAUUAUGUCGCAAACAAACGAACGAGGAGUACAUUUUAUGAUGGCUGAUGGAGGAUUUUCAGUUGAAGGACAAGAAAAUAUACAAGAAAUUUUGUCUAAGCAGCUGUAUCUUUGUCAAUGUUUGGUUGCAUUGAUGAUUGUAAGGACUGGUGGACAUUUUGUGACCAAAGUAUUCGAUUUGUUUACUCCAUUUAGUGCUGGCUUAGUGUACAUAUUAUAUCGUUGUUUUAACCAAAUCAGUAUUUUCAAACCAAAUACCUCCAGACCAGCCAACUCAGAAAGGUACUUAAUUUGCCAAGGAAAGCGACCAAAUAUUGAUUUUAUUACCAACUAUCUAUUUAGAGCAAAUGAAAAAUUAUUGAAGGGCAACAAAAACAACGAUAUCUUAGAGUUAGUCCCGUCGCAAAAAUUAUUUGAAGAUGAAAGGUUUUUCAACUAUCUAAAAGAAUCAAAUGAAGAGUUGGGUAGGAGGCAAAUAGUUGGAUUGAAAAAAAUAGCUCAUUAUACGGAACACAAAGACUUAUUUGAAAGUAGACAAAAAAUGUUUAGAGAAAAAUGUUUAAAGUACUGGGAAGUACCAGAUGAGUCUAGAUCAUUGCCGUCUAGAAUGGCACCUUCCACUAAAGUACAACAUUUAUUGAGAGGUUCUAGUAGUAUAUUGGAAAAAAUGGCUUACAAAGAUGCAACAAAACUAAAAAAAGAAAAUGUUAAUACUAUAAUUACCAACCAAUUGGAUUGGUGCUGUGUGCCAUGUUCUUCUGGUGAUAAUGUUACCUCGAUGUAUGAAGACGUUGCACCUACAAUGUACCUUGGUAUGGGCCGCUCACAAGUUUUUAAAUACACCAAUGGACAGUGGAAGCCACUGAACGAUAUUCUUAUAGAUUUACCACGCGAUACAUUAGUCUAUGCAGAAUUGGUGUCAGAAUUGAGAAGCGAAGAAAGAAGUCAAAUAAAAACUUACGGGCUUCACAUAAUUGAUGCUUUUCAACUUGGAUCUGAAAACAUUUCCCAGAAACACAUAACAGAAAGAUGGAAACUUAUAAACUUGUUCUGCAAAUCUCUUUGGAAACCAACGAGCAAUCCAUUUUCACCAGUUAGAGCCAAAGAUUGGUUUUACCUAUCGCCUAGUCUAGGUGAAAAACUAAAAUUGGAAGCUAAAACCAUGAAAAACAAGUCGAAAGUUUUGGGUUACUUUCCCAUAAGGCAUCUCCAUGAAAACGACAGCAAUCAACCGUAUUAUUGGAUACCCAGGAAUCUCAUAUUUUUCAAAACUCUAGAAGAGCCAUGGGCUCGACACUUUAGCAAUAAAAAUCAUAGUUAUUAUUUUUACAAUAUAAAAAAACAAAAGUCAUUUUGGGAGCGGGAAUUGCCGGAUGAAGCAAAAGCUAGUUUUGCUAAAGUCAUCGGAACACGGGUUGUAUGGAAUUGGCCGGAAGAUAAAUCACUUAGUAUGAAUGAAUUUGUAAAUAUUAUUAGUAAGAAAAAUGAAAAUCCCAAAUAAUCAGUCUUUCAGUUAUGAAAGUUUUUUUUGUUUUAUUUCAAUUUUUUUUGAAAAACAAAUGUUAAGAGUGCUCAAAAUAAUAUCGAUCUCUUCGGUCUAGGAUGUUAUUAUCGAACAAAAUCAAUUAUUUUUUUACUAGAAAAAGUUGAAUUGCACGUUUCGUUUGAAAAAGUUCCAUAUUCUUAUUUUAUUUCAGCUAUAUUUUUAUCUAGAAGCUAAGCCAUAAGUUACAUUUUUGUUUCUUAACUUUUGUUAUUUUCAAUGUAUUUUAUUACG